AACGCUUCCGUGGUAUAUAACUCCAGUAAGCGAAGUUUUAAAGUUGAAAUACUGUUAUGUUUUUGAUCAGAGAGAGUGACAAACCGAUAUAAAAGUGUGAUUAUUUUUCUAUUUCAUUUACGUAUACCGCAAAAAAAUGCCGGUGAGUGAUUGUGAAUACAAUUUUAAAUUGCGUAUACACAAUAAAUCGUGAUUUUUUAAAAAAAAAAGAAAGUUUAAAAAUAAAAUAAUGAUUCGCAUCGUAUUAUGUUGCCUGAUACUGACAUUAGUAUCAGGAGAAAUUUCAGUAAAUGGAAUUAAACAAACAAAUAUUUUGGGUGGUGCUGAGCAACAUGCGUCAUUUAGUUUUGUGAGACCAGGAUUAACGCAAACAUCAUUUGCCUUUCAUGGACCAAGUUCUCAUCAAACAUUCAGUUCAAGUGUUGGAAAUCCUCAUUUAAUCCACAAAGUCCAACCAAAUGUGGCACAAGCACUUAAAUAUAAAAAUCCUGGUUUAGGAUAUUUGUCAAAUGUUCCUAUCUCAACAACUUCUAUGCAACUACUAUCUCCUUAUUAUUUGUCUCAAAAUUUUGCUCCUAUCGGAUUAUCACAACAAGUACAACAACAAUUUCCAUUUUCAAUGGAUACUCAAACUGAUUCUAUCUUUCAAGAUCAAUUUACCAAACAUUUGGCUUUUAAACAAGCGCAAUUACAGAAUUUUCAGAUUCCUGAGCAAAUGCAAUUACAACAAGAACAAUCGUCACAAAAUUUAUUAGGAAUUGCUUAUUCCGUCGCUCCUUCUGUUGCUCGUGUAAAAGUUAGCGGAAAUGGCUACAAAUUCGAUUUUUAAUAUAUAAAAAAAAAAAAACUUAUAUGUAUGGGUGUAAAUACGUAAAAAAAAAAUUAAUAAAAUAAAAUUCUGAGUAAAA